AUGGAGGAACCAUGGCGUUCGAUGCAAUUUCGCUCCACGGCCACUAACCAAGCCUCAGGUGGGCCUCCUAGAGAGCCAGGCUGCUCUGUUGCGGACCCUGAAGACUCCGUGGAAGCAGAUGGGCCUGCACAGCCAGCCCAACCCGCAAAACCCAUUGCUUACUUGACACCCUUCAGAUGGCAGCCCCCAGCUCCCACAGAGUCAGCUCGUCCUGCAGAGAGAGGCUGGCGCCCGGGAGGAAGCCAGUGGCCAGGGCGAGGCUGUGGCAGAGGCGGUGGGCCCCGCAGGGACGCUGGCCCGAGACAGGGGGCAGAACGCUUGCUGGGACCAGACUUGCACAUCCAACUGGACCACUAUGGAGAGCCAGGCCACCAGGGGGAACAGGAAAUCACGGAGACGGCAGCCUUCUCUCUUUCUGAAACAGCUCCUGUGCCUGUAACUGUGCAGGAAGGCCCUGGCCUGGAAGUGGCCCAGCCUGAGCUAGGCCUUCAGGAGCCGCCCCCUGCCUCUGGGCCUCAGGCUGUCGCCAGGCAGCCCAUGUUGACCCUCUAUCCCUGCAUCGGGUUUAGGGCUCUGGGUGGCUCAGCUGCUUUACAGAUCAUUCAAACCCCCUACAGCACCUAUGUGCAAGGGGUCCCAGUGUUUGUCACCGACAUUGCAUACUGA